UUUAUUGUCUUUCUUGGUCCGUACUUCCUACUGUUCUAUUUAAAUGCAAAUCACGCCGGAUCAAAGGAGUAAACCCUUAAUCAACCGAAAUCAUCAUCUGUGGAAGCUGAAAGAGCAAAGAGUCGAGAGAUUCGAAGCAUAGAAGAAGAAAAAUGGCGAUGGAUUUGGAAAGAGUUGUGCAGGAGGCGAGAGAGGCUUUUGAGAGCGGGGGAACGAGGAGUUACUUUUGGAGGAGAUCACAGCUCAGAGCUCUUAAAGAUCUCCUCCAUGAAAUGGAGACCGCCAUUUGUGAAACCUUAAACCUCGACCUCGGAAAACACCGCGUCGAAGCUUACCGCGAUGAGGCUGGAUUUUUAAUUAAGUCGGUGGAUUAUGCUCUGCAAAAUCUGAAGAAAUGGAUGAGUCCGGAAAAGGUUAGCGUCCCACUGAUUGGCUUUCCGACCACUAGCGAGGUGGUGCCAGAGCCGCUCGGCGUUGUUCUGAUCUUUGCUUCUUGGAAUUUUCCCAUAGGAUUAUCCCUGGAGCCAUUGAUAGGGGCGCUAUCAGCUGGGAAUUCUGUAGUUCUAAAGCCCUCAGAAUUAGCUCCCGCUUCAUCCAAAUUUCUAGCAGAGAACUUGCCUAAAUAUUUGGACAACAAGGCUGUGGCUGUUAUUGAAGGUGGUCCUCUCAUAGGGCAGCAACUAUUGGAACAUAAGUGGGAUAAAAUCUUCUUUACAGGGAGCAGCAAAAUUGGACGUAUAAUAAUGACAGCUGCUGCAAAGCACCUAACUCCAGUUUGUCUUGAACUGGGGGGUAAAUGCCCUGCUAUUAUAGACUCUCUUUCGAUAUCAGGAGAUAUAAAGGUAGCCAUCAACAGAAUAGCUGGAGCAAAGUGGGGAUUUUGCAGUGGUCAAGCUUGUAUAGCCAUUGAUUAUUUGAUUGUAGAAGAGAAAUAUGCUCCUUCUCUGGUUGACUUGUUAAGAAAAAAGAUAAAAAGUUGCUACAUGAGACAGGGAGAUCUCACAAGGAUUGUCAAUAAACAGCAUUUUCAAAGAUUAAGGAAAUUUAUUGAGGAUCCAGUGGUUGCAAAUACUGUAGUUUAUGGGGGUUCCUUUGAUCAGGAAAACUUAUAUAUUGAGCCAACCAUAUUGUUAGAUCCACCUUUAGAUUCUGAGAUCAUGAAUGAGGAAAUUUUUGGCCCAUUGCUUCCAAUAAUUACAUUAAAGAAGAUCGAACAUAGCAUUGAAUUUCUCAAAGCAAGGCCAAAGCCUCUGGUUAUUUACGCGUUCACAAAAAAUGAGAAGCUGAAGGAAAGAAUCGUGGAAGAGACAUCAUCUGGGAGUGUUACCUUUAAUGAUGCAGUCAUACAAUUUGCGUUGGACACACUGCCUUUUGGAGGAACUGGUCAGAGCGGAUUCGGAAAGUACCAUGGCAAGUUCUCCUUCGAUCAAUUCAGCCACCAAAAAGCCAUCAUGAGAAGAAGCUUUUACAUGGAAUUUUCGUUCAGAUACCCGCCAUGGAAUGAGAGGAAGCUCCAAUUCAUCAGAUAUGUUUACAGCUACAAUUACGUUGGGAUCCUGCUUCUCUUCCUAGGACUAAAAAGAUACAGUUCUGCAUAAUUUCUUCUCUUUGCAUUCUCUGCAUCAUAUUAGUUCGGGAAAAGAAAUUUUACUUUCAUGCCACACGAUUUCUAUCUAUUUGUUUAUCUAAUACCAAACAUUUGAUGUUUACAUUUAUAAUAUUUUGAUGGCAUAAUAAGUUUAUAUAUAAAAU